AUGGUGGCCUUCCAUGUUGUGUACAUGGGUUGUCCUGGGGCACAGACCAAACGUAUGUUGCUAACUUCCGGCAAGACCAAAGAAGAAAGGCAGCCGAGACAACAUAUCCAAGCGUAUUGAGCGUAUAGAGGAGUUCAUUGCCCAAAAUGGAUCUGUCUCCGAGGGACAGAGUACCGCAAGCCCUUCAGAUGCUUCAGAUACUGGCAACCCACCCCAGCCAUCAGCGAUGGGCAUCGAGGAGCAUCAGUCCGUUUCAACACCAAGCAAUGAUCCAAGUUCAAGUUUGAAUAGAGGACCUAUGCCUGGUCGAUCGGCUUGUGGCCAAAUAUAUUUUGCCGGUUGCUAUCUUGGAACUAUUGACUCCCCUGACCGGAUCCCAGCUUUCUCGGCCGAGGGAUUAGAAUGGAUUUUUUCUGCAACAGGAGAAUAUCCGUCCUUUUCCAAAAAGGCAACUGAAGGUCACGGAAGUUCCAAACAACCUUACCAUGCUCCCAUGUACUCAUCCGAUGAUCAUCCCAACGGACGGGAACGAUUCCCAGACCUGUGGAUAACACAGGCCUUUGUUAGGGAAUUCAUGGAGUCCAGUAUCAGACAUGUAUUUCCGAUUAUCGACGAAGUGCUCUUUGAAAGAACAAUCGAGAUCGCAUAUGGGCCCGAGCCCGGGCCAAAUUCCUCCGAGUAUCUAUCUUCGCGAGCUAGUGUUCUGGCUUUUGUUUCUUUAAUGAGUUUCCAAUUCUCGACCAUCCCAGCGGCGGCCCACAUUGACAGAUUGGAGUGUAUGACUUGGGCUCAGUCACUUAUCGGCAGGUGCCUCAAUUUUCCAAGCUUAACAACGUUGCAGACGCUUGUCUCACUGGUAUGUCAAUCGAACCAACUACCGUGACUAUGGUUAACAUUGAAUUCUCUUAGCAACUGAACAGCAUGGUCUUGGGACACAUGCAAGCAGGUGUAAUGUUUCAUGGCAUGGCUUGCCGCACGACUUGUACUCUUGGAGCUCAUACUAUCGUUCCAUCGCCGCCCUUGGGUCGACCCUUGACAGUCCCGGAGCGAAUUGAGGAACAACAACGAAAAUUAUUCUGGCUUUGCUACAUCUUCGAUAAGAAUCUUGCCCUACGAACAGGCCAACCGCCAAGCUUGUGGGAUGAGUUUUGUGACCUUACACUGCCCCCUGAAUACGUCAAAGGUCGAUUUGGCGUCCCGGAAUACGAACAUCUCAUUCGAGCUCCAUAUCCAGUCCUCUUUGGAGACAUCCGUCUUAGUCUUAUCAAGUCCAAGGUAUCCAGGGAGCUGUACUCUAUUCAAUCUCUGCGCAAGUCCAAUGCCGAGCUUCUGCAAUCCAUCCGAGAGCUUGAUGAGGAACUUGAGAGUUGGCGCUCGUCGCUACCGAGAAAUUUCAAACCGAGAGUUUCAUUGUCACCUCACUACGAGAAAUGGCUGUCGGACAUGGAAUUUGCGAGAUCCGUUCAGCACAUCGAGCUCCAUCUUGAAUACCACCAUCUGGUAGCUUCAAUUCACGGCGCAAGCGGUAGAUGCUUCAAAAAUGAUCGAAUUGAUCCUAAAAUCAUUGGACUCCAGUCAAGUCUAGAUCUGGCUGUUGAGGCUAGUCGGACAACUAUUAUCUAUCUAAGUGUGGCGAUUGAUUCACUUCCACGGGAAGCGUUUUGGUAA